AUGCCCAACCGCAGGGCCAGCCGCAAUGCCUACUAUUUCUUCGUGCAGGAGAAGAUUCCCGAACUGCGCCGGCGAGGCCUGCCGGUGGCCCGAGUGGCGGACGCCAUCCCCUACUGCUCGGCCGACUGGGCGCUCCUCAGGGAGGAUGAGAAGGAGAAGUACUCAGAAAUGGCUCGAGAAUGGAGAGCAGCCCAGGGAAAGGAUUCGGGGCCUUCAGAGAAGCAGAAAUUCGUAUCCACGCCACUGAGGAGACCAGGCAUGCUUGUACCAAAACCAAGUGUUUCUCCUCCUGAUAUGUCAAAUUUGUCUAUAAAAAGUGAUCAAGCUCUCCUUGGAGGCAUUUUUUAUUUUCUGAACAUUUUUAGCCAUGGUGAGCUACCUCCUCAUUGUGAACAGCGCUUCCUCCCUUGUGAAAUUGGCUGUGUUAAAUACUCCCUCCAGGAAGGUAUUAUAGCAGAUUUCCACAGCUUUAUCCAUCCAGGUGAAAUUCCACGAGGAUUUCGAUUCCAUUGCCAGGCUGCAAGUGAUUCUAGUCACAAGAUUCCUAUUUCAAACUUUGAAUUCGGGCAUGACCAAGCAACUGUGUUAAAAAACCUUUAUAAAUUUAUCCAUCCAAACCCAGGGAACUGGCCACCUAUUUACUGCAAGUCUGAUGAUAGAGCCAGAGUCAACUGGUGUUUGAAGCGUAUGGAGCGGGCAUCAGAAAUCAGGCAAGAUCUAGAACUUCUUACUGUAGAGGACCUUGUAGUAGGAAUCUACCAGCAAAAAUUCCUCAAGGAGCCCUCUAAGACCUGGGUUAGAAGUCUCCUAGAUGUGGCCAUGUGGGACUAUUCUAGCAACACAAGGUGCAAGUGGCAUGAAGAAAAUGAUAUUCUCUUCUGUGCAUUAGCUGUUUGCAAGAAAAUCGCGUACUGCAUCAGUAAUUCUCUAGCCACUCUCUUUGGAAUCCAGCUCACUGGAGCUCAUGUACCACUACAAGACUAUGAGGCCAGCAAUAGUGUGACACCCAAAAUGGUUGUAUUGGAUGCAGGACGUUACCAGAAGCUAAGAGUUGAGAGUCCAGGAUUCUGUCAUUUCAACUCUUACAAUCAGGAACAAAGAUCAAACACAUCCACUGGUUAUUACCCAUCUGGGGUGAAAAUUUCUGGCCCUAACAGCAGUGUUCGAGGAAGAGGGAUUACCCGCUUACUAGAGAGCAUCUCCAGCUCCUCCAACAACAUCCAUAGAUACUCCAACUGUGAGACCUCACUCUCACCUUACAUGCCCCAAAAAGAUGGGUACAAAUCUUUCUCUUCCUUUUCUUAA